UGAUUGCUGACAUGCAAAACAUUUUGGGACUGUAUCCACAGUGGACUAAUGAAACAAAUACCAAAAUAUAGUUUUUGAAUGGAUUAUUCCUUUAAACCUAUAUCAAUCAACAUUGUAGAAUCUUGUAAAAAUGUCAUGAAUUUAAUUACAUUUUCCAAUGGUUUUGAUUGGUUACGGUGUGUGUGCUUUGUUCCCUGCAGUGGUAUAGGCCUGGCACUGUGUGAGCGUCUCCUCUCUGAGGAUGGCAGUAUCCAGCUAUGUCUGGCCUGUAGGAACCUGCGUCGGGCCCAGGCCGCCCGCUCCGCCCUGUUGACCUCUCACCCCGGUGCCCAGGUGGCCCUGCUACAGCUGGACACCAGUAGCAUCUCCUCGGUCCUCACCGCCGCCCACGACGUCAAACUGAGGUAGGUAGGUAUGACGGUAAUCUCAGCACCCAGAACCAAAUCAGCUACUCAGCUGUCACGGCCCAUGGGAUUAGUAUGACGAAGGUGGUUCUGUGAACUAUUACUGCAGUACCACAAAGGGACGAGUGGUUCUGUUGUAGUGGAGGCGGUUCACGUGAUGAGUAAGACUUGUGACCUGUAGACUUGCGUUUGUUACCUGAGCUAAUUCCUAGUCUUUAGCUCAGUGGGCUAACAAAGUAUUGUGGCGUGUAUGUGUGUCUCCCAGGUAUAACCAGUUGGACUACCUCUACCUGAAUGCUGGCAUCAUGCCCAACCCACAGCUGGAUGUCAAGGCCUUCUGUAAGGGACUAUUCUCCAGGUACAGCUCCACAAAGUUUUGUCAGAACUAA